AUGUACAGACCUGCUCAUCCUCGCAUCCGUCCUCGAUUGUCGGAGACGAGGCCCCACUUACUUUUCCUGGUCCUCCUCCAUUUGCUCAACGUCGCGGCUUUGGAGAUCACGUAUCCCAAGAUCGGAACCGUCUAUCCUACAAAGGGUCCCCUUGACGUGCAAUGGCAGUCAACGUCCGAGUUUGACGCUGUGGAGCUUGCCAUCUAUCUCGCCACAUAUAGUGGGCAGACACUGAAGAGCGAGCAGCGUUGUAUCGUUGCCGUGAUAGAUGAUGGAUCUACGGCCAUCACUCUGAGUCAACCACCACCAGAUGGGGACUCCUGGACCUGGAUGUUCUACGAUGACCUCCAAACCAUCUCGCUCGGCAACAACUACAUUGCACAGUCGGUCCACUUCCAGUUCCAAAGUCCCACUCCCACGCCGACCCCAUCACCAAGCACCACUUCGACCCCGUCUACGAAGAACUCUUCAGUAGGCCUGUCACCCGGUGUCGCGGCCGCUAUUGGCAUCGGAGGCACGCUCGUCGUGGUAGGCGCGGGUCUGUUUGUCGGGUACUGUUGCUUCUAUCGACGCUGGCAGCGCAAGAAGCGCGAGACCAUCAGUGCCAUACCGUAUACGCCGGGACACCGAUACUCGAAGCAAGAGUUGGACAGCAAGCCCGGCACAGCGUACGGGGUACACACACAUUCUAUUCCGCAUGCUGAUAUGAAGCUACCCACGCAGCACGAGAUGGAAGUCUACCCUGGUCGCCCGCCUGCGUCUGUGCCAUCAAAUAGCGCGGUCUCACCCGGUGCCGAGCUCUCAGUCAAGGCACGCCACUCACAUCUCCCGCCCCAGCACGGCCUCCAGCCAACGUCGCCAUACAGUGAGUUGGCACUAUCGCCCCUUCGACAUGAAAUGUACCAUGAUCCACGUCGUCCGUUGCCUCAAGAACUACCUGGUGACAUGGACAUGAACCUGCGACAUAUGGAGCCUGAGUGA